AUGCGGAGACUCAACGCUCUGGGGACGUCCGCGUCCACUCCAGCGUUGUCUGCGUCACCUACCAACAAUCUCCACACGAUGGAGAGCACAACCAACCAGAACCAACAGGGAGGAGCCACUCCGUUGCAGCUUGCAACCUCGGGCGUGGCCGGUCAAGGGGCAAACGGAGCCGCAGCUGUCGUCGUUCCAGUGUCCGACGCGCAGAAGCUUCGCAACGACUUCAACUCGCAGGCGACGCGCCUCUCGUUCGGCUGCAGCGUGGCGUUGGAGCUGUUCAAUGGCCACCUGAUGAUGGUGGGCAGUCCGGACGGCCAGGUGCGAGUCCAGUCGCUGGAGAAGCUGCAGAUCCAGGCCAAAGGCUACAAGGACCGCGCCAUCUUCACGCUGCUGGACCUCGCAGACGUCCGAAGUGCCAGCUCCGUACGCUACGGCGAUUCCGUCUGGCUGCAGCUGAGUGUGGGGCCUGGCGACGUCUCGUGGGAGCAGGGCGGAGUGCUGGGAGCCAAAGUCCGCGAGGCCCCGCAACUCAAAGCGCUCGGGCUGCUGGAUGACGACGCUAUCCGCAACGAUGUACAAGCCCCUGCCUCAGUGGGCUACCCAGUCCCCGUCACCGCCUACCUCCCCAAGAGUCGAGAUGACGGAGACCUGCAGGUAGACGAGAUCCAAUCUCGUCUGAGGAACAAGAGCGCCAAGAUGUUGGGCAAAUGGACCAUUCGCUCUGCUGUGUGCCAGCGCCGCAAGCAAAAAGAUAACUUCGUCUACAACAACGACGAGGUGUAUCUGGAGCAAGAUUGGUUUUACCUCGGCGCUGACUCGGAUGCAGGGAUGGCGGUGCUGCGCCAGCUCCCGCCGGCAAUGGCUGGCAAGGACAUCAAGCCUGGUGACUACGUCGUCGAGCGUCGGGGAGCCUGGAAACUGCGGCUGCUAGACUCCAGCAGUGGCGGCGCGGGGCUCUCACUGGCUCAGCAACAAAUGGAGCGCUUGCUACUGCGUGCGAAGGCUCAAUUGAAGCAGUCGCAACGCAUGCGCGCAGGCCAAACAAAGGUCUACGGCCCCAAUUUGCGUGGAGGAACGGGGUUUACGGCCCAACUUCGAGCUCAAGUGGCA